UGGUCCGAGAGUUUAGUUAACUGUUGUGAAUCAUGGAGGACUGCGAAAUUAUUGGCAUUCUAAUCGAGUUUAUAGGGGAAAUCAUAUUUGGUUCGGAUAAUUCGUAUAAUGAUUAUUCAGAAUCAGUGGAAGAUGAUUAGGCGCUCGUCGAAACCAUUUGGCAUCCAACCAAGCAUUAACAAAAUAAUAUAUGUAUUAAUUAAAUUACCACAAAAAGAAAGACAAAACAAUUUACAAACUAUAUAAAGCCCCCGAAAACUCAAAAGUCGGUUUCAUAAAAUGGAUUGCUGGGCUUUGGUAGAGGCUUUGUUGGGUUUCUUCAACGACAUGUUCUUCUCGGAUAUCACUGAUGCACAGUACUUUGGCGAUUAUUAUUAUGAUGAAGAUUAUCAAUAAUAAUAAUAGCAAUUAUCAAUAAUAAAUAUAAUAAUAAUAAAGUGUAGAAAUCAUGAAUGCAAGUUAUUAAUACAAAUAAAAACAGUU